AUGGUACAGUUUCAGAAACUACGUAUUUUGGCCCCAAAAAGCAGCGAAUUGUUUAGACUGAUAUUGUUACCCCUUCCAGUAUUCCAGUGCAAAUCCGAUUGCCCCGUUAUCUCGUGGUUCUUGUCGCCACUGCUUUCGGGCCUCGUUUCAGUCAUUUUCUAUUUAUUCAUCGACCAUGCGGUAUUGCGACGCCGACAUCCACUACGCUGUGGCCUGAUACUUCUUCCUGUUCUGUACUUUGUUUGCGUUGCUGUCAACAUAUUCGCCGUACUGUACAAUGGUUCUGAGUUUCUGGGUUUCGACAAGUUGCCACCAUGGGUUAUCCUAUUAAUAACAUUUUCAACGGCAUCAGUGGUUGCAGCAUUUGUGCAUUUCAUUAUGGGGCCAAGACUCAAAAAGCGUAUCCUGAGUAAGUUUCACUUUGUAUUCGCGAAGGCCCGUUUAACAGCGAGGUGA